CUAUUCUAUGAGUGUCAUUAGUUGAAGGGAAGUUGCUUCUUCCUUACCUUAACUAAAACCAAAUCUAGUGUUGUCUUUUGACGUGUGGCGUCUGAAGAAUAUUUUCUUUGAAUGUUCAGACAUUAUGGCUAAAACAGUCACAAAACACAAUAUUCAUUUGUCAAUACAGCCCUUGUGAUACCACCAUUCAAUACUGACAAGCAGUACACAUCAGUCGGGCCCGAAGUGACCAUGAUCUCCGUUGUCCGCGCUCUCAUGGUAUUACUGUUCGGUCAGGUGUUACUCGGAGGCUGUAGCGGACUUAUACCCGAGGUUGGCCGGCGAAGAUUCAGCGAAUUGGGCAGGCACAGCCCUUCACUCUCCGAAGACGUCUUGAACACGUUCGAACUUCGCCUGUUGGACAUGUUUGGGCUAAAACACAGACCGAACCCAAGCAAGACUGCGGUUGUUCCACAAUACAUGAUAGACUUAUAUACGAUGCACUCAGAGACUUCAGAGCACAACUUUAGCAGACCGAGGGUUUUGCUUGGGAGGAAUGCUGAGAAAUCUGCCAGCCGUGCUAAUACAAUAAGAAGUUUUCACCACGAUGAAUCUGUAGAAGAGCUGUCUAGUCAAGACAGAAAGACAACGCAACGGUUCUUUUUCAACAUAUCUUCCAUCCCUGGAGAGGAAUUUCUCACAUCCGCAGAGCUUCGGAUUUUCAGGGAGCAGGUAAUGAACACUGCAUCCAACAGCAGCAACAACAGCACUGGCUACCAUCGUAUCAAUGUCCAUGAGGUGAUCAAGCCGGCUGUUCCCUUUAAAGAACCCAUAACGAGGCUCCUAGACACUCGGCUGGUUCAUCAUGGCCUGAGUAAAUGGGAGAGUUUUGAUGUGAGUCCUGCUGUGUCACGAUGGACCACAGAGGGACAAGAAAACCAUGGCUUUGUGGUAGAGGUGAUCCAUCUGGAUGGUAAUGAGGGGGAGUCAAAAAGACACGUCAGGGUUAGCAGGUCCCUGCAUGAGAAUGAAGAGUCCUGGCCUCAGAUGAGGCCACUCUUAGUGACUUUCAGCCACGAUGGCAAGGGAAACGUGCUUCACUCACGGGAAAAACGGCAAACACGAAACAACAAACAGAGAAAGAAGCAUAAAGCCAACUGUCGGAGGCACUCGCUCUAUGUGGACUUUAGCGACGUGGGCUGGAAUGACUGGAUUGUGGCUCCACCAGGUUACCAUGCCUUUUACUGCCAGGGGGAAUGUCCUUUCCCUUUGGCAGAUCACCUCAACUCCACCAACCAUGCCAUAGUGCAGACUCUGGUGAACUCUGUGAAUACAAACAUUCCCAGGGCUUGCUGUGUACCUACAGACCUUAGUCCUAUCUCUCUGCUCUAUCUGGAUGAGUACGAGAGGGUUAUCUUGAAAAACUAUCAGGAUAUGGUUGUGGAAGGCUGCGGGUGCCGCUGACCAGAGAUAAACACAGACUUUUUUG